CUUGAUCACUCACCAGCUAGGCCCUGCACCACUCCAUAGCCAUAAGCAUGCAGGCCCCGCAGAUUCGUCUCAACGAGAGACAGGCUAACCCAAACCCCUAUGUGGUAUUUAUUAGAUCUCUUCAGAACAAGGCAGACCAUACAGAUGCCGAGGACAUAUUGCGAGCCGUUGCUGCUCAGAUGAGAACAAUCAUGAAAGACCGCUUCAUGCAAAUUGGUACUUUGGAAGAAGCCGAGUUCAAUCGGGUAUUUGCUGGCAGGAACUGGAAUCACGGACAGAGCAUCGAGCUAGUAUUGAGGGGUCCUUCCGGGAGGUUCUUGCCGAUGCCUUAUAUCAUUUCAGUCAUGUGCCACGAGAUGGCUCACAUCGAGCAAAUGAACCACGGGCCAAAGUUCCAAAAACUAAUGCGAGAGAUCAAAGCCGAUGUUGCGAAGCUACAAGCCCGUGGCUAUUAUGGUGACGGUUUCUGGUCCGACGGGAAACGUUUGGCGGAUAGUGUCCGCAUGGGCGGUGAAGGGCUUCGACCUUCUGAUUUCCCGGAAUAUAUCUGUGGUGUCAGCUCAUCGGAUGCCAAGAAGGCUCGCAGAGGACCUCGGCGGCAGGCAAACCGUACAACAGGCCUUGUCAAAGGUGAGGCCUCACACCGUUCUGGACGUCAAACAGAAUACAGGAAAAAAGCAGGGCGAAGGAAUAAUGCGGAUAUGGGAGAUAAUGGGUUGAGGUUGGAUGGUAUACGAGUUAUUACGAAACAGGAUCGCGAAGAACGGAAAGCGUUUGUAGACGACAAAAUACAAAUGCUCACUCGGGGCGGAAUGCCUCUGGCUCGCGCCAGGAAGCAAGCGGGAGAGAUGUGGGAGCAAGAAAAUCCUUGGUGGGCUGAGAGUAAUACAAGAAGCAAAGUUGCGAAAUCCAAAUCAGCAGCAGCCUUAAGAGCUGAAGCGGCUGAAGCUCGUCUGCGUGCGCUUGCUGGUCCGUCACGAGACACCAAGCAUAAACUCGAACCCAUGUCUUCCAAUUCAGAGGACGAAGAUGAAAGUAGCGACGACGGAAUUGAAGAGAUCCCUGAUCCGCAUUUGAGCGUUGAAGAUCGGAAGAAGGAGAUGGAUGAAAUGGACGAGGAAGAGAAAGAUGGGUUAAGGGGUGGAUGGGAGGAUUACAUCACUCCUCCUAAUGUAUAUCGGCCCAUCACUUCUACCAACUCCUCGGAUUCUUCAGAAACCAAACCUUCGGUGAAGCGCCCACCGCCAGAGUCAUCCGGUCCUUCAAAAAUACGCAAAUUGCAACACCAAGCCCCUCUACCCUUUACUACCAAAUCAAUCAAAAAGGAACGUUCAAGUUUCCCAGGCGAGUCAACUUCAGCCUUGGGGGGUAGACCAUCUAUCAUUUCACCCGCUACCCCACAAAUGAGCAAGGAAUUGGGUAGGGGAGAAGAUGCCUUUCCACGAGAAGACGGUCAACCAGGGUGGAGAUGCCGCCUCUGUACUUUUAUAAAUCUGAUGGAUCAUGGGAGAUGUGAUAUUUGUCAGGCAAGGCCGGACGGGACAUUGCCUGAGGAUGUACAGUCUAUCAUAUAGAUGUUGUUACAAGUAGAUAUUUUGGCGUGGAUAUGGACCUAAUGGGGGAAAGAAAGCCAAGCUUUAUUUUGUCUAGGUUCUUGCCCAUGGUCCACAAAAAGGCCUCUGACGACGAUUUGCAGUUGCUGUUAUAUCAUGAGAAUAGCAAGUGCUUAUGCACUUAUAAGAGUUAUCAACCAGUAGUCAUCUGCUAUAGGCUUACAAUAUUUGGCUUAUCAUUUGCAGUAUGUUCGACUGUAUUGAGUAUAUAUCUAUAACUUGAGGAG